AACCAUGUUCAAAAAAUUCGACGAGAAGGAAGAUGUGACAGGCGCUACUCAGCUCAAGUCCAGUGUUCAGAAAGGAAUUCGCAAGAAGCUGAUCGAGAACUUCCCCUACUUGGAGCCACAUCUUGAGGAGAUCCUCCCGAAAAAGGAGAAUUUCAAAGUGAUCAAAUGCAAGGAUCACAUUGAAUUGCUCGCCGAUCAUCUGGGUGUCGUGCGAUUUGUUAAAACACGUAACACUGAUUACAUUCCAACUUUGAGAACACUUCACAAGUAUCCAUUCAUUCUUCCACAUCAACAGGUCGACAAAGGUGCCAUCAAAUUCAUCCUGAACGGAUCUUCAAUAAUGUGUCCUGGAUUAACAUCGCCAGGAGCUAAACUCACUCCUCUCGUACCAAAGGAUUCAGUGGUUGCUGUGAUGGCUGAAGGAAAGCAACAUGCGUUGGCAAUUGGUUUGAUGUCAAUGAGCAGUGAGGAAAUUCAAUCUGUGAAUAAAGGAAACGGAAUUGAAAAUCUUCAUUAUUUGAACGAUGGGCUGUGGCACUUGGCUGAAAAAUCGUUGAACUGAUGUGCUCGAAUUCCCGGUCGUCGUGCUCUUUAUCAGACUUCCAAUAAUUUGAGAUGAUCUUUAUUUUAUAUGUCCAUUUUGGGAUUUAAUUUAUAUUUUCAUGCACUUUCUUUUGUUGUAUCUUUUCCUUUUCCAUCUCGAUUCUCAUAAAAUUUCCAAAGUUU